UCCGUACGUUAGCACGUUAGUACGUUUCCGGUUGGUUGUUGGGCCGUGAUGGGGCCGUGCAGCACGUGCAGCGGGAAACGGGUAGGAAGCAUGGAGGCGUGGUAGGAAGCGUGUUUUCGCAACACCACCUAGACUGGGUGUUCUCUGCUAGCACAACUAGCAGACUUCCAGCACAAACUGCACUUGUGCGGCGUAGAUGGCCUUUAACGGCUGUACUUCGGGACGUGAUCGAUGGUGAUAUAUCAGCCGCUGCAUACCAUAAUAAUGUGGUAGAGAACGUGUGAACGAACCAACGAAACGCACGCGUUACACGUUAGAACCAAUUCUACUAUAUUAUAGACGUUCUCUGACAGAGCUUGCACAGUAUCAGCGGCGUGACCGGCGAGGGAGGGAACCGACAAGCACGCCAACUGCCGGCACCACCAGGCACCACCGAGAAAUCUCGUCGAUCUCGUCGGCGCCGCAAGCAUGGAGGAAAUGGGGGCUACGUGGGCGCCUGGUUUGAAGCAUCCUGUGUGGUUUGUGCCACUUGCUUUGAUCUUCUCGCUCUUGUUUUCUCCAAUGAAUGCGAGUCUCCAAUCUUAUGCCCUCAAUGAUGCUCCAGUGCAGAUAAUCAAGCCUAGUGAAGACCACAAGACGCUAAUUAUAGAUAAAGAAAAUAUAAAGGCUAUCUAUAAAAUCAAAGGUCCUGUGGCUACCAUUGGUGUUGUAGGAAAGUUCCACUCUGGGAAAUCUUUUCUGAUGAACCAACUUAUGGGGAAGACUAAAGGAUUUGGCAUUGGCCCCUCUGUUCAGCCUGAAACAAUGGGCAUCUGGAUGUGGGGAGAGCCUUUGAAAGUACAGUUGCCGUCAGGACAGCAGCUUUCCCUUAUUUUCCUUGACACAGAAGGUUUUGCAGCCACAAAUGUGUCUGAAAACUAUGAUGCCAAGAUAUUUGCUAUUGCUACACUGAUCAGUUCACACCUUAUUUAUAACUCUGUCAAGAUUAUUGACCAAAGUGAGAUAGAUUACCUGGAACUCUUGUCCAGGCGUACACAGCUUUUUGCCUUGAGGUCACAGUUGUCUCAAGCCAAGUGGAAGGGAGAGUUGGUUCAUGACCUGCUAAGCUUUCCUCCUUUGCUGUGGGUUGUGCAAGACUUUGUGCAGGCAACAAUAAACAAUGAAACACCCACACAGUGGCUUCACCGGUUGAUGGAAACACAUACCAGGGAGAGUGAAGAAUACAAAAUUAGCCUCUUGGACCUGUUCAAGUCUUUGGAAUGCCACACGCUUUUUAUACCAGCUUUCAAGCGGCCCCUCUUAACUGACUUGUCACAAGCAUCUGAAGAAGAUCUCACGGAAGAGUACAUUGAGGAGCGCAAUGCGCUUACAAAGAAACUACAUGAGGUGUUGGUACCCAAAACAAAAAAUGGCAAACCAAUCACAGGUGCUGAGCUUGCUGGCCUACUCCAAAUCCUUGUAGAUGCUGCCAAUGAAGGAUCCCUUGCUGAUGUCCCAAGUCGGUGGAGUGCCUUUGUUGACCGCCUCAUGAGCUCUGCAGCAGACGAUUGUUUGAAGAUUUACAUUAGUGAUAUGGAUUCUCUACUUGAAAAACAUAACAACGGUCCAAUCCAUGAUGACCUUUUUAUGGCCCAGCAUACAGAAGCAAAAAAGACAUCUUUCAUACUACUUCGACAGUUACUGCAUGGUCUUCCAGAUGCCUUGAGCACUGCUAGUAGCCAGUUGACAAAAAUGUUGGACAAUGACUUUGCUUUUCGAAAAGAGAUGAAUUCCAAAAGGAUUAAACUCUUUUGCACAAGUAUGCGAGAUAAGUAUCUGCUUGAUGCUGAGGGCUAUAUGAAAAGUAUCCCUUUGCCAACCACAAGUGCUACUCUUGAAGUAACCACAAGUGGUUACAUCAAUAGCCUGCUGGAAGCAUUUGCUAGAGAAUUAUUAUCACUUUUACCUGAGGAAGACAUUGCCAACUACAAAAACUCAUUGAAGCAAUCCCUGAACCUUUUGGUGGACUCAAUACAGCUGAAGAAUGAAAGGGCUGUGAAUAAACUCUUUGAAAACUGCAUGGCCACAGCCAAAGAUGUUAUGUCUUCUAAGGUAACUCUCACGGGUUUUCUGAGUGAUGCACAGUUUGAAAGACUCAAGAAGUCUGGAGUUGAUGCAGCCUUUGAGGCGUUUGAUUUGGAAUGUGGAAACUUCUCAAGUGAAACGGCAUACGGACUCCAUGAAGCUAAGCUCAAGGUAUCCCUGAAUGACUUUAUUAAGCGGAUCAAAAAUGAAAAUGAUGAUCUUGUGCAGCAGCACAUGGCUGAAACUGUCAAGGCACUGCUUACUAAAUUUGAAGAAAAAACUGGACCUGACUAUAUGCCCUUACCCAUGAACACUUCUGAGCUUGACCUCAGCCUGAAGAGAGAAAAGUCAAACACAGAGUCCCAGUUUGCAGGGGCUUUAGAAGAUUUUCAAUCUUCAUCUUACUAUUCACAGUUCUUCGAAGAGCUCAUGCGAAAGUUAUCCGAGAAAUCAAAGGAGCGGCACAAGGAGAAUGUAAAGGCAUUUGCUCAGGUUGUGGAUGGGCCACUGAGUAAAGCCCGCCAAAUCAUUCUUUUAUCUUCGCAUAACUAUAGAACAGAGUUUGGUCUUCAAUCUUACAUUAUGCAAGUGUGCCUUGUACAGUUGGAAGAUGGAAAGGCGAAGCAUUGGCACGAAGACCUCAAGAAAAGCAUUAUUAUGGAUUUCAUGAAUGCAGACCCAGACCUUGCCAAGGCUUUGAGGGACGUUAAGGGAUUUUGGUCAAGCAUCCUGGGCUUCUUUCUUUGGUUCUUUUGGAUGUUAGGUAUAAAACUGUAGAACCGAUUAACUAGGCCCAUAAAUAACAGUAUUAGUGUUUCAAUAGUUAGUCUGACCAAUAAAAGUUAAGUUGUUGCAGUAAAAUAUACAAAUUUAGUGCCAAAGUUGUGCCGCACUAACUACAAGUGAAAAUUUUAGCAGGCCCAAAAAUGUUAGAGUACAGCAUGAGUUGGUAGUUUUUUUGUUUUGUUUUUUAACAAAUAAUUCAUUACGGGGUACAGAUGAAAUCCCUUUAAGCACCUUUCACAAUGUUGUUCUUCCCAACAGCUUCUCUAUGUUAUGCAAUCAUUUGUUUUAUGCAAAGCUUAAAUAAACCUCCAGUUUAUUCA